AUGGCGCUGGGCCUGGCGUUGCUGCGCGGCCGUUGGCGCCUUCCCGCCUCCGGCCUGGGCCCUCAGCCGCGGUUCGGUUCGACCGGCACCGCGGCGCAGAGGAGGGCGCCGCCGCUGGCGGCCGCCGAAGAGGCAGAUGCUGAGGUCAAUGGCAGAAAGAAGACAUUCACUGAGCUUCAAACAGAGCGGCUGGAGCAAGCAGAACGGACUGUUUUGAUUAAGUGUCCAUCAAAAAUCAGUGAGAAAAAAUUAUUGCAGUAUUUGUCCAGUCAUGGAAAAAUUAACAGCCACUUCUUUUUUGAAAAUCGUGGUAUCCAUGCCUUAAUAGAAUUCUCUGAUAAAAACAGUAUAGCUUCAUUACAGGAUGUUAUUGGAAUCCCCGGUGCUACAGAACAUCAUGUUGUUCCAUUUAAAUCUAGACUUUUUACUUUCACGAUGAAAAACCUAGUGGCUCAAGCUGCUGCUGAGACACAAAUUCGCCUCUCUCCUCAGUCUCACAUUCCAGUGAAAGACCUUAUCCAAAARCUUUGUGGUGCUGACAGUAUAAGCAGUCAGAUGUACACUCUGCUGAAUGAGUAUCAGCUUACAGAAGAAAAUAUCAAGCUCCGAUAUUUGGCCUGUUCUCUGGUUUCGGAUUUUGCACGUGCCUAUUUCCCAGACAGCGUGGUAAAGCCAUUUGGCUCUUCAGUGAACACCUUUGGCAAAUUGGGAUGUGAUGUGGACAUGUUUCUGGACUUCAAUGAAGCAAGAAAGCACAUUAAAAAAAUGACCAAAGGUCCGUUUGAGAUGGAGUAUCAGCUGAAGAGAUUGCCCUCGGAAAGGUUGGCCACUCAGAAAAUCCUGUCCGUGAUCGGGGACUGCCUGGACCACUUCGGGCCCGGCUGUGUGAGUGUGCAAAAGAUACUCAAYGCUCGCUGCCCACUGGUGAAAUUCUCACAUCAGCCAACAGGAUUUCAGUGUGACCUGUCAGUGAGCAACAGCAUUGCUAUAAAAAGUUCAGAGCUCCUGUAUAUCUACGGUUGUCUUGAUUCCCGUGUGAGAGCACUGGUGUUCAGUAUACGAUGCUGGGCCCGUGUGCAUGGACUUACAAACAGUGUUCCUGGUGCCUGGAUUACCAACUUCUCUCUGACAAUGAUGGUCAUCUUCUUUCUGCAAAAGAGAUCACCACCUAUCAUUCCAACAGUAGACCAGCUUCGAGCACUAGCAGAUGAUGAAGACAGGCAUGUAAUUGGAAGUUAUGAUUGCUCAUUUGUUAGUGAUUUAAGCAAGAUCAAUCCUACAAAAAAUACAGAAACACUUGAUGAAUUGCUGUAUAGCUUUUUUGAAUAUUUUGGAAGCUUCGAUUUCAGAAAGAAUUCUAUAAAUCUUCGAAAGGGAAAGGAAGUAAAUAAACCUGAGUCGUGUCCUCUUUAUAUCUGGAAUCCCUUUGAGCAAGACCUUAAUAUCAGCAAGAAUGUUAAUCAGCCACAGCUGGAGAAAUUUGUCGCUUUGGCCAGAGAAAGUGCCUGGAUAUUAAAGAAGGAAGAUAAAACUCAGCGAAUGAUCAGUAAAGAGCCCUGGGGACUGGCAGCCCUACUGAUACCAUUUGGAAAAAAUAAUCCCAACACGAUCAAGAAUAGGGCCAAGGGAAUAGGAAGUGAAACAAUCAAAAGCCUCUUGGACUCUUUAAAGUUAAGUAACGUGAACACUACAAAAAGCAGUGGGAAAAUGACUUUCCAUGUGGAAACACGGUAGCUGCUAUUCUGUUUUAGGAAUUGAAUGUGACACAGCCUGGAGGACAUUAACGUUUCUAUUAUGAAGAARUGGAGAGUCAAACGACUUCUGUUUUCCAUUCCCAUGCUCUCUGUACAGGUCUGCUUUGCUCCCCUAUACUUUCUCCUCCUUACUCUCCAUUUCUCCAUCUGUUCUGUGAACAUUCAAAUACAAGUUUUACAGAUACCUUUUGGAAUUACCCUGCAGCUAGGCAUAGUUUUUAAUGAAAAAAUGGACAGAGGAAACAGGGGAAAAGCCUUUGGGAAUUCUGUUGGCUAACACACAAAUGAUGUGUUAAGCGAAACCUCCAGAAGCAACCGCCUUUCAGUGAAACCACAGCUUAAAAGAAGAUGAAUGUUAGUACUGUGGCUUCCAUUGCAGCCACCUUCUGGGAGCCAGUAAAACCGAAGUGCAUGUGUCUAUUUUUGUAAUUGUUUUUCGUUCAUGUAGAUCGUGCCAAGACACAAUAAAGAGGAUAGAAUUGGACAGUAGGGUUUACAGUGUCAUAAAGCAUCACUCUCCAUGGAUUCUGCAACUGUUUCAUACUGGAAACAUGAGUUUGCUACUAUAUAUAKAUUUAUAUAUAUGCCCUAUGUUCUCAAAUUUCUUCAGUUAGGUCUUUUUUCAUAUGUGCAUCCAUGCGAGUGGUUCCCACUCAGACAUACACACUCCUCCGUCACUUUGCUUUCAACAUCACUUUAAACUCAUGUUUCAUGUUCCAAGGGGCUUUUGCAGCCACUUUUURCUUCAUCUCUCUGUCCCUCACAGAGGUCCGUAGGGGAUCAUCUGUUAUCCUUGAAUCCAGUCCUGCCUUGUCUUUCAGAUAUUAAGCAGAGCGCUGCCCAUCACCCUCUGAYCCUUGGCUGCCAGGGUCAAUAUUCCUUGUUGGCUCAAAGGCCUCAUUGAGUUCUCACUGUGUCCACUCCAGAAGUGUGUGUUUUGCAAGGAGGCAAGUUGGACAGGAGGGAAAAUGGGGAGCAGAGACAAAUGACAUAUGGAUGUUCCAGGCAGAUUUGUAAGUCUUCUAGCUGCCCAGUUUAGAGCCAUUUGUGUGCCUAAAAGCAUGCAACUAUGAUGUGAACUACACAGACUGUUGUUCCUUAUAAGAGAAAUCGAGUACAAGAAAUUAUGUGCAGAGAGCAUACUAUAGAUAAAGUAUUAAUGUUCAUGAUUAGUUUCAUUUUCAGUCAGCUUUUUGUGCUGCAGUGGUAUAUGGUUAUGUGUGGAAUUGCUAUUAAUGUUUACUGGGCUGGUAUGUUAGKAUUAACAGUUGAAAAGGGUGUUUUCCUUUUUCGCUGAGUUCUACUUACUUGAAAAAAAUAUGGGAGUAAUGCAUACUACCAAAGCACUGGUGUAAAGUUUUCUUUCUCCUUCUAGGGAGGGAAGACUGCUCUUCAGCAGUUAGUAUUAUAAACUGUUAAGUCUUGAGUGACUUGAAGACCAUCAGUCUUCAAGUCUUCAACUUGUCUUCAACUCCCUAUUAAUUUAUUUGGAUUUUAAAAUAAUAUKCAUAUGUGUGUAUUCAUAAAUACUUUAUCAAAGGAAUGACUCGCAUAUUCAUUAUCCUGGUUGUGGGAACUARUUCUCAUAUUAACUUCUUCAAGACUGAAAGUGGAAGUUCAGUUCUAACGUGCUAGUGAGUGAACUUCUUUUGGGUGGCUGGUAUGAAAUUUACUGCAACUUAUUGGCAUUAAACUGAUCUUGGUACCAAGCUUGGCACUAAUGCUGUAAGGAACCUUGAUAUUUAUAGAACCUAGAGAGAUGUUUUUUCCAGUAAUAGCCAUUCAAGCUAUUAGGGUGGUACUUGAUUGCUUGAUAUUUUUUACAUUUAAAUAGAAUGGGUAACAUUGCAGUAGAGUAAUAAGAAAAUGGUCAACCAGCGAUGGAGACAUAAACCUGAACGGUGAUGUGUAUACCUGCUGCUGAGAAUAUAUUUGUAUUGCUUCACUCUGAUCGAAAUAAGAAAGAUCUGAUAAGAACUUUGGCAUCUAUGCACUUACAGUCCAAAAUUAAUAAACAUUUGAGCCACUCUAGAACACACACCUUUGGGAAUAGUUUGGAGCAACUGUUGUGGCUGCAGGCUAAUUUCCUGAUUUCAGGA